AUGUGCCCGGCGUUCAACCCGUCAUUCACUCUGUCCUCGGCAGCUCCUGUGCGUGCCGGUGUACGUCAACUGCAUGGCGCUCACCGACCCCGCCAACCUCUUCCCCCAGGUGACGCCCGCUCAUUCUCUGCCCCUCCUUCGCCCCCCGUUUCCUCCUUCUAUCCCUCCCCUUCCCCGUCCCACCGCUCUCCUCACACCCCGCGCGCGCCUCAGAUGGAGCGCGCCAUAGAAGCAGCACAGGCUGCGCACCACUCCUCACCCUCUAACCACGGCGGGCGGAAGGGCGGGCGGCAGCGAGGGGGCACAGGACGAGCGCGGACGAGCGGGGAUGGCGAAGGGGCGAGAGAGGCGGUGCUGUCGCUGCUGCAGCAGGAGGUGCAGGAGGAGCGGGCGGAGCAAGCGGAGGGGAUCGAGUCGCGGUUGGUUGAGGGCGAGGGUGCGAGGGAUGCAACUGAGGAGGCGCGGUCUUCAGGGGAGGAUGAUGACGUGGUGGAAGUGGUGGCAGCAGACGCACGGCAAGCAGGGGCUGCAGGGCAGGCAGGGGGCGCACGGCAGGAAGGUGAUGCAGGGCCGCGCUCCGCAGGGCCGCGCUCUGCAGGGAAGGGACGAGUGACGCGGGGGACAGGAGGUGGCAGAAGCGGGGAGAAGGAUGGCGGAGGAGCAAGGAGAGUGCUGCGGCUGAGGGAGGGAGAGGGGGGGAAGGGGCAGGCCGGCGGGAGAGCCAAUGCUGGUGGUGACAAGCGGUGUGGUGAUGGGGGCACGGGCAAGUGUGAUGGAAGCAGUGGUGGUGGCAAGGGUGGGAGGAAACCCAUGAUUCUGGUGGUGGCGGACGAGGUGGAUCAGCUGGUGAGGGGCAAAGACACCUCCGUGCUCACAGACCUCUUCCUCCUGCCCUCCCUCCACGCCCACUCGCGCUGCAUCCUCAUCGGCAUAUCGAACUCUAUUCAUCUAAUCGACUCCCUGCUGCCACACCUCUCUCGGCCCAACUCAAUGGGAGUGACAGCACGCCCAACGCUGCUGCCGUUCCCAGCAUACGAUCGCAAUCAAAUCUACGAGAUCCUCUCUCAAAGGCUCCAGGCUGCUGGAGGGAUGCCAGUAGGAGCAGCAGCGCGUGGGGCAGCAGUGGAGGCAGGGGCACAGGAGAGCGCUUGCACGUCGUUCUACUUUGACCCCAUGGCGCUGCAUCUCUGUGCUCGGAAAGUGGCAGCGGCAUCAGGGGACAUGAGGAAGGCGCUUGACAUCACCAGAAUGGCAGUGGAUGUGCUCGAGGCGGAGCUCAGGGCGCACCUCAGGGAGGCACACACGGGGGAGGCAGACGCGGAGGAGGUGGAUGCAAGGGAGGCCCUGCCUGCUGCAGCCCCACCUGCUGACUGCACUGCUGGGGCGGCUGGGGACUGCAGGAACGGCAAGCGGGCGGCAGGGAGUGAGGCAGUCGGGCAUACAAUGGGCAAGAGGCAGCGAGGGGAGGCGGAGGCGGUGCAGGUGGAGGUGCAUCACAUGGCUCAGGCCCUCUCCCGCUCCUUCGCCUCAUCCACCGUUGAUUGCAUUCGCUCGCUGCCACUGCACCAGCAGAUGGUGCUGGUGGCGUGUGUGCAGCAGCACCAACACCACAGGGCACGCCACCGAUUCAUCACCCGAGGCAAACCUCCCUCCACAGCCAACGACUUUCUCCUCUCCCAGCUGUACAGCAUGUAUGCAGGUUUGGCACGCUCGCUGCACGUGCCGGCCGUGACACUCAACGAGGUCACCGACAUGUGCGCGAUUCUGCACGGCCAGGCUCUGUUGCAAGUGGUGGGCGCUGGAAGGAACGCUGCCCGCCCCCAAUCCAAGUGCAAAGUGAUGCUCAAAGCCAGUGCCACCGACGUCAUCUUUGCUCUCCAGCCUCUCUAUUACGCGCGCUUCUCUCAACAAUCAGCAAUCGCCGAGCCGCGCGCACCGCAGCAGGCAGCCAUGGAAGCGUCGCACGAGGCGCUUGCGAAGGGCAAGGUGAUUGGCGACGUGCUCGACGACUUCGUGCCGUCGCUCGACAUCAAGGUGAAGUACGGUGACAGGGAGGUGCGAAACGGUGACGAGCUAACGCCCAGCGAGGCAGCAGAAGCGCCAUACGUCGAGUUGGCGGGGCGACACGAGAACGGGGACCUCUACACACUCGUAAUGUCGGACCCAGACGCGCCCAGCCCAGACAACCCCGUGGCGGCCGAGUGGUUGCACUGGCUAGUGGUGAACAUACCAGGCGCAACAACGCUCCCACACAGCAGCGCAGGAGACUUAGUGAUGGCCUACAAGGGCCCCUCCCCGCCCACGGGCGUGCACCGCUACGUGCUCUCUCUCUUCCGCCAGCCGCACCGCCUCACCACCGACACACCUGCUGCGGUCAAGGGCUUCAAGACCCGCCAGUUUGCACAACAGUUUGGGUUGGGGACGCCCGUGACUGCGCUAUUCUUUCGCGCGAGGAAGGAGGAGUGA